AAGAGUGCUACAUAAAAAUGAAUUACAUGCCAUUAGCUAUAAAUAUGCUGAGGCUAGCCACAUCCGCUGUCAGAACGAGAACAAUAACAACAACGGCAACAUGCGGCUUUGCGGCCAAGCCAGCAGCUGCGGGACCAGCGGGUAAGAAGAAGAAGCUGGGCAAGCUGGGUCCCAUUAUGGAGAAGAAGAUUAUACCCGUGGAAACGGAUGCUAAUAGACUGGUUAACUAUGUGUGUGGCAGCAAUUAUCUCAAGACGGGUGAGGAUGUCAAGAUCAAGCCAGAUAGUGAGUAUCCCGACUGGCUGUGGACGCUAAAUACUGAGCGCAUUAUACCUUUGGAUGAGCUGGAUCCCAAUACCAAACAGUACUGGCGAAGACUGCGUAAAAUGGCGCUGCGUCGCAAUAAUCAACUGUCCAAGCUGAAGAAGUUCUGAGUGACGUUGACCUUCGGCUUUGUUUAUCUGCGAAUGCAACAUGAAUUCCCUUUUAUUUGCCUUGCUGUUUGCUAAAAUAAACACAUUGAUUAUUUUGUAGAUAC